UUUUUAUAAAUUCUAGAUCUCUUAACAUUGGUCCAUUCGAUAGGAACCUAUCUGACUGGCUGCUGCAAAGCUUCUUUCCCCGAAAAAGACCGCACCGGCGUGGAAGAAUUCGCCGAAAAAUAUUCGGGAGAGAGAAGAGACGAAAUUGUACCAAAAAAGGAGUAGAGUACAGUCCAAGGAUCUAUAAGAUCUAAACAAACUGGCCUCGCAGGCUCCUGUGUGCUACAUAUAAUACCUGCAGAACACCCACAUACAUACACUCGAGCUUGUACUUAUUCUAAUAGUCCCGACUAUACAGCCCAGUACACAGUUAGUUCAGUUAAACAUAACACAUAAACAAUUUUAGUAGCCGUAAAUUUUAUUACCUCAGUCAUGGCUAUUUCAAAAGUCAUGCUUUAUUUUUAUACUCAUUUUUAAUAAAUUUAUUUGUCAUUAUUUUAAGUUAUAACAACCAUUUUGAUUUAUACAAAAAUAGAACCCAAGUAUUUUUCUAUUAAUAAUCUAAUUUUUUAUUUACUUAAAAUAAAUCAGUGGAAUUAAUUUAUUUUACAAUAAAAAUAAUAAAUAAUGGAAAUUUGGUGGUUUUCGCGAGUUGUUGCUCAUCAUCCUUAUGCAAUAUUAUCAGCGGUGUUUGUCCUAUCAUCGACAUGCCUAAUAGUUCCAUUGGCCACUAAUAAAUUUCCAGAUUUUACCGAUCCAAAAAUGGGAUUUGAAGCACGUGGGACAGCAGUUGCUCAGAGAUUGACUGCUUGGAUGAACUUGGAAAAAGCAACUGGUGCUCGGGGACAACUUAUUGACAAUCCUGUUGAAUAUUAUAAUUAUUUAUUGCAAUCAAUUAAACAGAAUACAACAGAUUCUUUCAACGGAACAAGAACAAUCCCGGGAAUAAUUCGAAAAAAGCCAAAAAACAAAUCCAAAAAGAAAAAAUACAACAAACUCUCUAAUGAAACAGCAACUAACGACGGCAAAGACCAAUGGGACGAGCUCCUGAAGCUAAAAAACAACAAAAACCGACCGGAGCACAUCCACGAAGUAGAACUCAACACCCAAGAGGAGUUUUUCUGCCACCUGCCGAAUUCCUUGUACGCGAGAGUAGUAAUCGGCUCGGACAAUAAGGACAAGAACCUCUGGUCACUUGAGGGAGUUUUGGCGCAAUGUCACAUUGACGCGAUGCUCCGAGCUAACCCAAAGUUUCCUUAUCUCUGCGAAAAGCCCACAGAUCACGGCUCGGACAGCGAGAAAUGCUGCAGGAGCUGGUCGCCGGCUAACUACGUCGCUUUUCUGUCGAACCGCACUUCUUGUCUAGGUGUAACUGAAUCUGAUUUAGCCAGAGUCGAGACUUUGCUGAAGAGAUGUGCUUAUUAUUACCGGAACCAUCAUUUGACAGCUGAUUGUUCCGAGGACUUCAAUUGCCAGAAGCAAGUUCCUGCUGAGUGCUACAAACACAACAACGCGCUGUAUCAUUUGCUUCAUUAUUUGCUGGACGCUGAUUUUAUGUCACCAGAUGUGAUUAAAAACAACUCAAACGCAACCCUAGAAGUGGCGAUGUUAUUUCUGCCGAUGGCUGCCAGCGCGAAGUCAUUGAAUUUCUACAAAAACAUCGCGAUAGACGGACUAGAAUACGGAAGCUUCCGGGUGAUGGGAAUGGAGCUAGGUCUGAAAGACACUUUGUUCGACCGUCUUCUUGUUUCAGACUCCUCCUUUCUGUUAUCUGGGUUCGCAUUUGUCACCUUUUGCAUCUGGGCUUACACAAGCUCAAUUAUUCUCACGGUAUCGGCGAUACUCGCGGUUAUUUUUAGCCUGGGGAUUUCAUACGCUAUUUAUACUCUGGUCAUCAGAAUCAAUUUCUUUCCUUUUAUGAAUUUAUUGGCAAUUGUCGUCGCUGUUGGAAUCGGUGCGGAUGACGCAUUUAUAUUUUGCAAAAUAUGGGAAGAAAACAAGCAGGAAAAAAUAUCCAGCGGCGGAAUGACAAAGUUAGUACAGAAAACUUUGGUCCACGCUGUUCCGUCGAUGCUGGUAACGUCGCUGACGACAGCUGUUGCCUUUUUUGCGUCAAUUGUCAGCAAUGUCACUGCUAUCAACUGUUUCAGUUUGUUUUCAGGCAUGACUGUGAUAGCAAAUUUCUUUCUAAUGGUAACAUGGUUACCCGCGAGUGUCGUCGUAUCCGAGCACUGUCGCUUUGUAAUUUUAUCACCAGCAAAUUUUAUGGUGCGAAAAAUAAUUCGCCCGCUAAAAAUUACCAUGGGAAAAGUCUCAGUGGGUUUCAGCAACACUCUAACAAAAAUAGUAAUUGGAUUAAGAUGGCUUUGGUUGCCAAUAUUAGGAGCAGCUGCACUGGCUGGUGGAAUGGUUGUCUUCAAUUAUCCAGGAUUACGCUUACCAGACUCCCCAAAUUUCCAGUUAUUCGACAGCUCUCAUCAGUUUGAGCGAUAUGACCUUCUUUACAAGCGAAAAUUUUGGUUUGAAAAAUUAGAAAUGGACGGCGGUGAAGGUCUACUGCCUCUCCGCUUCGUCUGGGGAAUAAAGCCAGUUGACAACGGUAACUACCUAGAUCCAACAUCCCGAGGAGAACUCGAGUUCGACGAGACCUUCGACAUAUCUGACAAAAAGUCGCAGGUGUGGUUACGAAAAUUCUGCCACAAUUUACGAACCCAGCCAUUUUACCACGACACGCAAGGCCCGUUGUUGUCAAACUGCUUCAUCGAGUCCUUCAGCACCUGGAUGACCCGCCGGUGCGAGGACCCAGGGGACCCUCAGCUCAGCAGAGCGCCUUGCUGCGACGUAAAUUCUUAUCCUUACAAGCCUCACGUGCUUCGGCGCUGCGUCGCUGAAGCAAGCGCGGAUUUAUACAGAACUCCUCACCACCUCUGGACUCGCGAGGGGGCUGUCGCCGGAGGGAUCAAGUAUUUAAAGGACUCCGUCAAGCCUACUUAUCUCUUCAACAAUAAUAACAACAAUACUAAUAACAAUAAUUAUAAUAAAAACAUGCCAGUGCCAAAAAUAAUGGUGCUGAUAGUUGAAUACGACAGUACGUACUCCUACAGCCUAUCUUUCGCAGAAAUGAACGAGUUUUAUAACAAAGUCGAGACGUGGAUGCAGCAGCAGCUGACCACAGCGCCCCAGGGGAUGAAGAACGGCUGGUUCGUCAGUUAUUUGGAGUUCUACGAGCUCCAGAGGACUCUGUACGAAGGAACCAUCUGGGCGAUGGUAGUUUCGAUGAUCCUCGCGCUGAUCGUCUUGGCGCUAGUGACGCUCAACCCGUUGGUCAGUCUGUACGCCAUUUUGGCGAUCGGCGGCGCCAUUUUGUCGACAGUCGCCGCGCUGGUGCUUCUAGGCUGGAGACUGAAUGUUUUAGAAAGCGUGACGGUCUCCACGGCGAUAGGGCUUGCGGUAGACUUUAGUUUGCACUACAGCGUGAGCUACCGUGCGUGUAAGUCCGAGAAGAGAGUCGACCGGGUGAAGAGAGUCCUGGAGCAAAUGGGAGGACCGACUUUGAUGGCCGCGGCCACCAGCGGAGUCUCUGGGGCGCUAAUGCUGCCUUCCCACGUGCUCGCUUAUAUCCAAAUCGCGAUUUUUUUGCUCCUAAUUAUGGGCGUAAGUUGGUUAUACGCGACUUUCUUCCUCUGUCCGCUCCUGGCUGUGGUAGGACCUUCCCCGGAGUUCGCGCAGUUUCAUUAUACUAGGCUCAAGAGGCUCUUGCCUGGAUUUUGUGGGGAAGAUGAACAGGAGAGGAAGGAAGACACUAGUGAUAGUGCUGGAAAUAGCUGUAGAAGUGGGAAAGGCGAAUGGAGAAGAAAAAACAAGUCUGGGUGCAUGUUAUCUGAGUCUAAUCUAAGUACUUCCAGUACUGUUUGUCAGUUGCACUGUCCAGAGGUUGAGAUUCGUCUUCAUGGGUCGGAGUCCCUCCCCUCUCCCUCUUCCCCCUUGUUAUAUCUCGAUCCUAAUCAGACUGAUUCUAUCAAUGUUAAUGUUAGACGUAAGUGAAUUUUUAUUUUAAUCGAAUGCUCAGGAUUUUUUCAUUUAUUUAAAAAUAUAUUAUUGUUAUUAUUA